UGUAAAGUCUGUAGAAAAGUUCACUUCUGGAACUCCCCAGUGUGUUUGUUGUGUUCCUGACAUCUACGGCAGUUUGUUUCAUAUGCACGGCAUACAGCAUUUCACAGCAUUGUGAAAGGACAAGCUUCAGCAUCCAGUCGAAAGUUUCCUUCUUGACGCGUACCGGCGCGUUUCGGCGUCCCCUCAGUGCCAGUGCGAGUCUAAAAGCAGCAGCAGUCUCCGCUCAGCGCACAAAAGCGCGAGAAUGGCCCAGCAGCUCGUGCUCGUCACUAAUGGGAUUGCGCUGUGACUUGCUCGGCCGGAGGACAGGCUGCACUCACACACACGCACACACACUCGCUCGGCGGUGCGCUGCACGGCGCGGGGAUGAUCAGGAUCUUCCCGGACUUCAGCGUGCAGGUAACGGCGGCGGCGGGCGCAGGAGCCGCGGGGAUGCCGGCAGCACGAGUCCCGGGCGCCACUAACGGCAACCCGCAAAACGUCCAGGGCCUGACCACUUACCAACAAAGCGACCCUUACUGGGAGAGGCCAGCUAAUGCCAGCUCGUGUUCAGCCACUAGGCCCAAGACACUUCACCUCGGAGGGCAACAACAUACCUCAUCACCAUGGUUGCAGGCUCUGAGGAAGGAGAAGUCUCGUGAUGCAGCACGCUCACGCAGAGGGAAGGAGAACUUUGAGUUCUACGAGUUGGCCAAGAUGCUGCCACUGCCAGGUGCCAUCACCAGCCAGCUGGACAAAGCCUCCAUCAUCCGCCUGACCAUCAGCUACCUGAAGAUGAGGGACUUCGCCAACCAGGGCGACCCGCCAUGGAACCUGCGCAUCGAAGGACCGCCACCCAACACCUCAGUCAAAGCUAUUGGCUCACAGAGAAGGAGGAGCCCCAGUGCAGUUGCCACAGAGAUCUUUGAGCCUCACCUGGGCAGCCACAUCCUACAGUCCCUGGAUGGAUUUGUAUUUGCACUAAACAAGGAGGGGCGGUUUCUGUACAUCUCAGAGACCGUGUCCAUAUACCUCGGCCUUUCACAGGUGGAGUUGACAGGGAGCAGUGUGUUCGACUACGUGCACCCGGGUGAUCAGGUGGAGAUGGCCGAGCAGUUGGGGAUGAAAAUUCCUCCAGGCCGAAGUCUGCUGUCUCAGGGAGCCGGGGCUGAGGACGGAGCGAGCUCAGCAUCCUCAUCCUCACACUCUGAGACGCCUGAACCAGUGGAGUCCAGCAGUCCGAGUCACCUCUCUCCAGAUAACACGUUGGAGCGUUCCUUCUUCAUACGAAUGAAGUCCACGUUGACAAAGAGAGGCGUCCACAUCAAGUCCUCCGGCUACAAGGUGAUUCACAUCACGGGCAGGCUGAGGAUAAGAAUGGCGCUAACGCACAAUCGCACUGUGCCCAAUCAGAUAAUGGGCAUGGUGGUGGUGGCUCAUGCCCUCCCUCCCCCCACUAUUAACGAAGUUCGCAUCGACUGCCAAAUGUUCGUCACACGGGUCAACAUGGAUCUCAACAUUGUCUACUGUGAAAAUAGAAUUAGUGACUACAUGGACCUGACACCUGUGGACAUCAUAGGGAAAAGAUGUUAUCAAUUUAUUCAUGCCGAGGACGUGGAGGGCAUUCGGCACAGCCAUUUAGACUUAAUGAAUAAAGGUCAGUGUGUGACAAAAUACUAUCGCUGGAUCCAGAAGAAUGGAGGCUAUAUAUGGAUCCAGUCCAGUGCCACUAUUGCUAUUAAUGCCAAGAAUGCCAAUGAGAAGAACAUCAUCUGGGUCAACUAUGUGCUUAGUAAUCUGGAAUACAAAGACACUCCCAUCGAUAUCACACAGCUUCCAAAUUUGCCAGAGAAAGCCUCAGAGUCCUCGGAAACAUCUGACUCAGAGUCUGACUCAAAGGAUAAUUCUGAAAACAAUGAUAACUCCAAGUCAGAUGGGAAAGGAAAUCAGUCUUCUGAGAACAGUGAAGAGCCAGAGUCAGACAGUAAGAAGCCAACCAGACACUCUGAGCAAGAGAUGAGGCAUCAGGAGGAGGAUAGUUCCAGUAAUGCAGAGAGCCAGGAGAGUGAGGACAGCUUGGAACCCUCAGAUUGUGAAGCCGAGAACAAGGAGAGCCGAUUGGCUCGUCUCAGUGGUCUGCCCAUUAAAGUGGAGCAUUAUGGUGAUGGUGAAGGAGCAGAGCUUCACAAUUCUCUUUCAUCCUCCUCUGAGGAAGAGGACGAGGAGGAGGAAGAGGAAGACAAUGAUGAGAUUAUGAAGGACUACCACAGCGAAGAAGAACUGAGUGGUCCACUGACAAGUAAAAGGCAGAAGAGAAAGAAAAGGAGGAAAAAGCAGAAAUGGGAGGGCAGCCGUCAACGUCUGCGACUUUCACCACCAGAGGAUGUCACAGCGAGUCCAGGAAGUCUGGAUCCAACACUGGGAGAGCAGCCGCCGCUACUGCCACCUCCAUCACCCACGACUGCCUCAGUGCUCAAGAUCAAAACAGAGAUGGCAGAGCCUAUCAACUUUGACAACGACAGCAGCAUCUGGAACUUCCCGCCCAACCGGGAGAUCUCACGCAAUGAGUCACCUUUCAGCAUGACCAAGCCUCCUAGUGGCCAUGAAGCCUUCCCCGCUGCCAUCCCUGACUCAGUCCUCACUCCACCAGGCACUGAAGGAGGAGCAGGCAUCAGGAAGCCCAACUUCACCAACAGCAGCAGCGGUAGUAGCAGUAACAGUGCUCCCACCUCAGCCGGCCUGGCACCCUCACUGUCUAACUCCUCAACUUCUGACCCCCUAUCACCUCCACUUUCAGCCUCGCCACGUGAUAAGCAGCAGGGCACACCCACCUCCCAGAAUUCUCUGCUGUACAGUGGCGACCUAGAGGCCCUUCAGCGGUUACAGACAGGCAACAUGGUGCUUCCUCUGGUGCAGCGUGUUGCAGGCACACUGGCUGCCACCAGCACAGCAGCAGCUCCACGUGUCUACACGGCAGGCACCAUUCGCUACGCACCUGCUGAUGUCACACUGGCUGUGCAGGGCAACCUGCUACCCAGCGGCCAUGCCGCAGUCAACUUUGUGGACGUGAACGGGCCUGGGUUUGGUAUUGAUGCCAAGACACCUAUGGAAAUGCUCUACCACCAUGUGCACCGGCUCAACAUGUCGGGUCCGUUUGGUGGCGCAGGCACCGGUGCCAGUCUCGCACAGAUGCCCACUGCCAACGUCUUUACCACAGCGGAGGGACUAUUCUCUACACUUCCCUUCCCCGUCUACAGCAAUGGCAUCCACACAACACAGACUCUUGAGCGCAAAGAGGAUUGAAGCAAAACACUGAGACCAUAUUACUGUGUUCAAUUUAAAUCAAGAGACUCUUUCGAGGCCUAUGACUGUGUUUCAAGUUGGGGGUGGGAAUUAAUUGUUCUAGCACUUUGAAUUUCAAGCAGUUAAGCUUGUGUAAUUGAAACAAAUGGUUUCUCUUCCUGUGUCUUUCUCUAUUUCUUUUUCUCUUUCCCCUCUUCUUCCCUUCCUCCUCUAGAGCCAAUGACAUUUUGUUUAAACAAACUAAACAGGCUCAUCUCUAUUUCAGAGUUCCUUUGAGCCAGAGAGAAUUCACCACUCAGGUGUGUGGUUUCUCCAUGGUGAAAUAAAAUGUGCUUUUUUUGACUUCAUUACAGUGCAUCCUUAUUAGGAUGUCUUAUGUAUUUAAAGGCAAUUCACAAAGGAGAUAAAAAGAAACUGUGUUUUUUUUUAUCAAUAACUUGAUGUGAUCAAGGCUGACACUGACAAAAGGAUGUUACCCUGUUUGACAUAGUUGAAAGGGUUAUAGGGUUCUUUCUUAACGAGGGAAUAGUAUUUUAGAAAUAAUGCUUUUCUUGGUUUUUUUUUUUAUAGCUCAGAUUUAACUUACAAAUCAUGCAUUUUAAAAGCAAUUUUAGCCGGGUAUUGACCUGAUCCGAAUGUUACUACAAACUCCCAGGACUUUGGAACAGGUCAGUGUGAGAUUCCUCCAGUUCCAUCUUCCUUUUGCAGAUCCAUGGUGCUAUCAUCAACUAACCCUCACUCAGCUGGCUGACGUAGGUAUUGUUCCAGAGCGCAACAAAUGAUGGCUUGAGAGAUUUUCUACUGAAAACUCAAACCUCUAACAGACAAGUUCAUUUUUCUUGUGUUUAUCCCCUGCGGAGUGUGGAGAAGGGUUUGGCUGUGGCUCAAUCUGAUUGAGUCAGAAAAGGGAUUUGGACCAGGCUGUGAAUCAUUUCUUACCCCUCAGUGUAACUGAGGCUAAUUUUUACAUCAUAAACUUGAAGAUGAAUGUGAAACUCUAACAGGCUUCUCUCAGUUUUUUUUACUCUCCCUUCGCAUAUUUGAAGCCUAGUAGCUUUUCCCAUCAGUCUCCCAAAAUCCCCCUACUCCUACAUGAACUCUAAAAACCACAUAUCAACAAGAUUGUAAUAAGGACAUGCAUUUUCAAUCAAAAAAAAUGUGUUUUGAGAAAUCACAUUCCUAAUUUUUUUCCACUGUUGCCAAAAAAAAUUACCGUCACAGUUUGGUGUCAAGACACUGUGAAUUUGUUUGGGAAAAAAAGAAAGUAAUAAAAAGGAAGAAAACUGUCGCUUCAUCUUUUGGCAGCCAUCCAUCACGUCAUCUAUUACCAAGCGUGAUAAGCGUAAACGUGUACAAUGUGUAAGUGUCAUUGGCUGUCAGUCCUCAUAGCGAUUUCAGUGUGUGUUACUAUAUGCAGUAUAUACCGAGCUGAUGUAGCUGUUUCGUCCUUUGUCCUCUCUGUGCUAGUGUGGGCAUGGACGAGGGAAACACUCGUUCUCCCUCUCCUUCCCCUCUACAGUCUUAGUGAACCAGUGGAGGUUAGUGGAAUUUGUGUGGUGGCCUUCCAAUGUAGUGUCACCUUUUUGCUGCUUCUUUUCUGUCUGUAUUAUUUUCUGUUCCUGCUAUUGCUUUGCUGUCGUGUAGUCUACAGACCUCUCUCUUCCUCUCAGAGAUAAAAGACUCUUAACUAGCUCAAAGGUUUAAGGAGCCAUUUUUUUGCCACUGGGGAAUUCUGGGAUUGCGGUCUCCACCUCAAUACUGACAAGGAUAAAACCGAAGUAGCAUUUAGAUGUAACGUCUGGAACCUCAAAGGCCUAAGUUGUGAAACAUUCCCAGAGUCCCUUGUGCUUCUCAUGUGCAUUGGGUGUAUUUCAUUGGUUUCCACCAACCAGUUGACUUCAAGGACCCUGCAACUCACAGGAAGUAAAAAAAAAAAAAGAAAAAUUACAAAAAAAAUCUCAGUAUUUCAGGACAAUAAACAAUUUUAAGGAUUUCUAAUGAGAAAAGAAAAAAAAAUCACUCUAUAAAAUCUAUUUUUAUAGGUGUUUUGAAAAUGCAUGUUUACCAAGUUGAUUGUUUGGUUUACCUGAUUUCGUUUGGUCCAGCAGCUUUGCCAGCGUUUAGUGUUUUUUAGUCUGUCCAACAAGGCAAAGGGGGAGCCUUUUUGUCUUUUUACUGAAUCAGGCUACUCCCCUACAUCAGGAAACUCGUCUCUGUGGUUUCUGUGAAAAUGUGUUGUUACUCAAACCCAGGUCAUGAUAUUAAUGUUUUUAAAACCGAUAGCUGCUGUUGGGGCAGUUGCAGGAGAACUUGGCGUCACCACUGGAGCUUAGCGUCUUAGAUCCUAGAGUCUUAGCUUUUUUUACAUUACAAAAAGUUGUGCUGUACAGGGGGGUGGUUCAAAAAAAAAAAAACACUGUGGACCAGGAAAUACACCCAUAUGUUACAAACAGAACAGCCGGCUGAGCUGUCUCAGUGUUUCUGUGUUGUGUCAAAAUGAUUGCUGGUGAUUUAAUCUUAAACUAAUCUCAGCUGCUGUCAGAUAAAUAGUGUUUAAAAAUUACAAUAUGAUAAAUCACUUCAUUACCUGUGAAAACUGUGUCUGUGUUUUUAACUAUUUCUUGUACAAUUAUACAGAUUCUUUUAUGAGGAACUUGGUGCCAAGUAGAUGAAUACGGGAGAAAGGGAUUCUCUUAGUAUCAAUGUUAACAGUGUUAUAAAUUCUAAAUACAAACAAAUUAAAAUAUUAAAAAGAGAAAACUAUGGUACUUUUUUAUUUUUGUUUUUUUUGUUUGUUUGUUUUUCAAAAAAGAAACAACUAACUGAAGCUAACUGAGUGCCUGGCUUGUUUUUUUUUGUGGAAAAACAUCUUUUCAUUUACCAUAAAUAAUGCUGCAAUUCAGAAAUGUACAUACUUCAUUUUACAACAGAAUUCUUUUAUACUUUUGUAGGUUCUCAUCAGUUUAAGCAAACAUGUCAUACAUGGUUGUCUUUCUGUAAUUUUUUUUUUUACCAUCUUACA